AUGGAGACACUGAAGUUUGUGACAUUAGUAACGGUGUUGGUGGUACAAGUGCAGCACUCAAUCCAGCUUAGAUCGACUCAUCCAUUGCAUCAUUUGGUUGAAACAGUGAAUAAUUAUGGAGGUCCUUACAUUGGCCUCUUAAUGGCUUAUCCCACUGAAGAGGCCGCACUCGUAACUUCUCGUUUCUUCGUUCCCAGCUCUAAUGUUCCUUCCAUUGAUUUGGCAGGAAGGAGAUUCAACAUUGGGAAGAUUAAAGGCGUUGAUGUGAUUUAUGUGAUGAGUGGGGAACAAACGUUAAAUGCAGGAAUAACGGUGCAAAUUCUAUUAGACGUUUUCGACAUUAAAGGAAUAGUUCACUAUGGGACUGCUGGGAGUGCUAAUGAUUCCCUAUUCACCGGAGAUGUGAGCGUCCCACUUUACAUAGCCUUUACUGGUUCUUGGAAAUGGAAGGAAUUGCAAUCGCCAGAUGGGUGGCUGGCAGAACUCGAGUUCGGCAACUACAAUUUGCCUGAAAAGGGUGAAAACUCGUUGGCAAAGAUAGAGUACACAUAUCAACAACUUUAUUCCAAUGGGAAACCAAUGCAGCAA